CGUCUGUAUCCGGAGACCCGCAGAGCGCUGACCUCACUCGCGAGGCGGCAAGCCCCGCCCAAUGAGCAGCUCACGUGAUUUGGGGGCGGGACCACGUCCGGGUUCGUGGGAUUCGGAGCCAUGGCGGGCUUGGUUGACUUCCAAGACGAGGAGCAGGUGAAGUCUUUCCUGGAGAACAUGAAGCUUGAGUGUCACUACCAGUGCUACCGCGAGAAGGACCCGGAUGGUUGCUAUCGGCUGGUGGACUAUCUGGAGGGGAUCCAGAAGAAUUUUGAUGAAGCUGCCAAGGUGCUGAAGUUCAAUUGUGAGGACAAUGGGCACAGUGACAGCUGCUAUAAACUGGGGGCCUAUUAUGUGACUGGAAAAGGUGGCCUGAGUCAGGACCUAAAGGCUGCGUCUGCCUGCUUUCUGAAGGCCUGUGAGAAGCCAGGGAAGAAGUCUGUGGAGUCCUGUCACAAUGUUGGGCUCCUGGCACACGAUGGACAGGUCAACGAGGACGGCCAGCCUGACCUGGGGAAGGCCAGGGACUACUACACUAGAGCCUGUGAUGGCGGCUAUGCAGCCAGCUGCUUCAACCUCAGCGCCAUGUUUCUACAGGGUGCCCCUGGCUUUCCCAAGGACAUGGCUCUGGCGUGUAAAUAUUCAAUGAAGGCCUGUGACCUGGGCCACAUCUGGGCCUGCGCCAAUGCCAGCCGCAUGUAUAAACUGGGGGAUGGUGUUGAUAAGGACGAGGCCAAGGCCGAAAUGCUGAAAAAUAGGGCCCAGCAGCUCCACAAAGAACAACAGAAAAACGUCCAACCUUUAACGUUUGGGUAAUGUGUGGCCCACCCUCCCUUCCAAGCAAGGGACAGCUUGACACUGACACCUCUGCUAUGAAACCGGAUGAGCCCUUAUGUCAGUCAGUGCCAUCUGCUCCAGAGUGUCACCUGCUGGGAGGGGCUGGAAGUGUGUGUUUUAGUAAAUAAUCCUUUGUGGGUAUUCUGCGAAGACACCUGUGUUAUGGGAGCCUUAAUUUCUAAACUGGACCUCUGAAAAAUAGGGGCAAACUGAGGAGCCUUUUGGGGUUGGGGAAACAAAGAGAAGCUGGGAAAUUUAGCAGCCACAGGCCUCAAAGAAUCAGUCAGAAGAGCUUGAAAAUUAGAAAGUGUCCUAAUUUGCAUAACAGAGGUCCUGAGGAGCUAAGAACAGCCGCAGUCACGACUGCCGCCCUCUACCUUAUGUAACCACGGUGUGGGCUUCUUGCCUUUCCAGUCAGGCCUUUCAGCAGAUUUACACGGAUCAGGAGCUGUGUGCCAAGUGAAGGUUGAAGGUGGUUAUAGUAUGCCUGGUGGUUAGGAAACAAAACCUAAGCGUCCCUUCCUCUAGACAAGACAUUUGUAGUUCAAAAUUACCCUCCUCAGCUGCUUCUGCUCCUCAUGGGAAGACAGAUGACUCCUGAAGCAGCUGCCACUUGGGAUCUGACAACAGCACAAAGCUGUGCACUGAACAGAACCUUUUCCUUUUGGGAGUGUGGGCAGAGUGUUUCGAGACAGGAUUUCUCUGUGUUACAGUCCUGGCUAUCCCAGUACUUGCCUUGUUGACCAGGCUGACCUUGAACUCAUAAAGAUCCACCUACCUCUGCCUCCCAAGUGCUGGGAUUAACUGUCUGGCUGCUUCUUUUUUGAACAGGCCUUUGUGCUAUCUAUGCUGGCCUUAAAACUCCCAGCCUUGCCUCAGCCCACUGUGUCAGGCAGGACUGAACUUGUUAAACUGUCCAGAUGAAUGAGCUAUUUCAGUUGACUUUUUAAUCUGUUGUGCUCCUGUUCUCCAGAUCCUGGCAGGAUGGAAUGUACUCAUCAUGGUGGCUGUGCAGUUUUCUUUUUUGUCUUUGUGUUUGCAUGUGCCUUUGUAAUAUUUUUUCCUUCUAUUGUCUCUACUUGUCACUAGGGGGCGAGCUUGUCCUUUUCCUCUGACAGCUGGACCAGUGUAUCUAUCCUUACCCUGGCUUCCCUUCUGGUCUGGCAGCUGGCUGCUCUAGAAGGCAAGCUUGCCUUUGAGGGCUGUGCACACAGCCAGCUGCCCCCUCAAGCUGACACAGGGGAGGGCCUUUCCUGAGUGUGGAGAGAGCUUUUUAAAAGACAUCAAGUUUGUUUUUAGAACGUCUUGAAAAUAGCGUUUGUUGUGAUUGGCUGCCGUAGAGCAACAGGCUUGGGCAAAUAUCCUAAUCGUGGGGAAACUACACAUGAAAACCACACAAACUCUUCUACUGUCCUGGGACCACAGCGUGGAAGGAAGCAGCUGAUCCUGCAAGUUGUCCUGUGACCUCCAUGCAGGACUGUACACACUGUGAAAAAUAAAUGGAAUAAGAAAUAAAACAGUAGACAAUUGAUUUGAUUACAAGAUAACUGAAAGCCAUGUGCAGGAAGUGCCAGGCUAACCAGGAGUACAUAGUGAAACCUUGUCUCAGAAAUAAACAGCAGCCGUGGCAAUGUGUGUGAGAGAUGUCCUCUGC